AACUCUGUCAAUGCCAAAAUACGAAGUUUUUGUUUCGAUAAUUUUUUUUAUUCUUAAGUUUUUAGAGAAAUAAAUCAACAAACUUGUACAGAGAUUUACUUAGAAUAAUAUUAAGUAAAUAUGAAAAUAGAAAGUAAACCACUUAGAUAUGCCCAUGCAGAGGGUCAUACUGAUAUUUGUUAUACGGAAGAUGGAAAGCAAAUAAUAACUUGUGGACAUGAUGGCGAUGUUAGAAUAUGGAUGGAUAUUGAAGAUGAUGACCCAAACUCACACUGUGUUGGGGAGAGUGCACUUGCAGUAUGUUAUAAAGAUAAAAGGCUGUUUGUGGCAACUGAUAGCCAUGCAGUGCAAGCCUACACCUUUCCAGGGUUUGAUAAAGAUGGUAUUAUUACCCGCUUUACUGCACCAGUCACACAAAUAAAAUCCACAUCUAAAAUUGAGGCACUUGGUUGCUCAUCUGAAAAUAUGGAAGCAAAGAUCUGUAGUUUAGAAGGUGGAGCUCCUUUGUUUGUGAUGGGUGAACACAAGGGGCCUGUGCUAAGUAUAGCUAUAUGUCCACAUAUGAAGUACACCAGCACUGCAAGUGGAGAUGGUGUGAUGAGAAUCUGGGAUAUAGACACACAGAAAGUCAUUAAGGAGGUUCCCUGUGUUCAAAAAAUAAAUACAUUCUACUCAGCGAAAGCCCUAUGCCGUAUGGACUUUGAACCAACUGAAGGAAAAUAUUUAGCAUACCCAAGUAACAGAGAAGUAAUAUUGCUAGAUUCAGAAAGUUGGGGGCAAAGAAUGUCAUUCACUCACAGCUCGAUCAAAUGUGCAAUAUCUCAGUGUCAGUUUUCACCCUGUGGUGAGUACUUAGCUGGCAGCACUAUUGCCGGUCAGAUAGCCGUGUGGGAAGUUCAGAGUGGCACUUGUAUGGGGAUCAUUGACCAUCCCACUUCUCAUAAUGUGUCUGCUAUGGCCUGGAACCCUAAAGGCAAUGGUGUCCUUGCUUAUUGUGACGUUGCUGGUCAACUUGGUACAUUAGUCAAUUGUUAUGGUAAAGACAGCAGCAAAUUUGGUGCAGAUGACAAUUUAGAUGAUAUUGAAAUGGUUGAGAGGGCAGAUGAUGACGGCUUAGUAGAUGAACUUAUCCAAGCGGACGACAGCGACGACGACAACGCCAUUUCCCUGGAGAAGAUCAAGAACGAGACUCUCGGGCUGCCCUCGGAGCCCGAGUCGCGGCCGCAGUCGCGAGUGGCCGCCGUCGCCGCCGCGGUGCCGCGGCAGCCUCCCUUCCAACCGUCUUCUACGCCUUCACAGCUUGAGCAUAGAUAUCUAUGUUGGAAUGAAGUGGGCAUAGUCAGAUGUCAUACUUUAGAGAACGGGGAAUCUAGUAUAGACGUUGAGUUCCACGACACCAAUGUGCAUCACGGGAUAAAUCUAAAUAACUAUUUAAACCACACAAUGGCUAGUUUGUCCACAACUGUGCUAGCUUUAGCAUGUGAAACACCUAGCAAGUUGGUGUGCAUCUCGCUGGUGGGGAGCAGCAAGGAGUGGUCGGUGUCGCUGCCGGACACCGAGGAGGCGGUGUGCGUCAGCGCGGCCGCGAGUGUGGUGGCGCUCGCCAGUGACGCUGCGCUGUUGCGGCUCUUCACGCCGCUGGGCACGCAGCGACAGGUGAUAUCGCUGGCCGGGCCGGCAGUGUGCCUGGCGUCGUACAACACGAGCGUGAUGGCGGUCUACCACGCGAGCGAACCGGUUUCGGAACAGCACCUUAACAUGGAUAUUGUUGCUAUCAAUGGUCGUCAAGUUCGCAGUAAAACUGUUCCUUUGCCCCUAACCUCGGGCUCCAAACUGUCUUGGCUCGGCACUUCCGAUGUAGGGUCGCCAUGUGCGUACGAUAGUACCGGCGUGUUGCGGUUGUAUGACGUCGCAAGUGGAAUUUGGAUGCCCGUAUGUGACACUAAUACGCAUUCUAAAGGUGCUUCGGACUCUUGGUUUGUUGUUUCUGUGUGUGAACCAACGCAAACAGUUCGUGCGAUACUCUGUAGAGGAACGUCCUUCCCUCUCACUGUUCCUAAACCAAUAGUGGCAGAAUUGCCGAUUCAGAUACCCCUCUGCGAGUUGGAGUCUGAGAAGUCUCAAUAUGAAGAGCAGUUAGUUCGCUGGGCGCAUACCACUGCGGACGUCGACGUGAAGACUGCGAGGGAAACCUCACUAAAACUAUUUGCGUUGGCUUGUCGAAGUGAAAUAGAACAGCGGGCAUUAGAACUAAUGGAAUUAUUAAAAGACGAUCGUCUCCUGCCAUUAGCGGCCAAGUACGCAUCUCGCCUCGGCCGAGUUCAUUUGGCAGAUAAACUUACAAACCUUGCAGAUACUUGGGAGAGAGACAAUGAGAAGUUAAAUGUAGCUCAAAAUUCGCACUUCCUAGAAUUAGACACGCAAGAGACGUAUGACGUCACGAACACAGAGGAUAUGAACGCGAGUUUGAUUAUACCUCAGAAAGCUAAGGAGAAGAGAACGGAAAAUAUCACGCCAAUUAAACCAGUGCCUAUCAAAUCUUCGCCUGGUGGCGCAAGAAAUCCCUUCAAAAAACAACAAGAGGCAUCAAAGAAUGUGCAAAGCCCGCUGACUUUGACGGAGAGGACUUUAGUCGAAGUGCACUCUUCAGAUGACGUUUCGGAGAAUAAAGAUCCAUUAAAACCUCUCGACGGGGAAACCUUCGUGAUUUGGUUCGAUCGCAACAAGAAGGCAUUAGAGCAGGAAAGUCCCGACCUUACUCCGUCAGAAUUAACUCGCAACGCCGUCCGAAUGUUCAAGAGUCUGCAGACUAAGACUAGCGACACCAACGGUAAUAAGAGGAAACUAGACGAACACAGUGACGCCACGGAUCCACCAAUUACAAACGCCCCGAAACAAUCCAAACUUAGUGCCUUUGCUUUUCAAAAGAAAGCUUAGUUAAGACUGACUACUAAUAAAUGAAAUUGUUGUUUUAAAUCAUAGUUUUGAAUGUAAGGUGUGUUUAUGACUGUACAUAGGUAAGGUUUAAUAAACUUUUUUUAAUA